AUGCAGUGGCUCGACAACUACGGUGACCACCACUACGACGGCCACGCCGUGCAGAUGUGGUUGGCGAGCAAUGUGGAUGUUUGCGCGUACAUCGCGGGUGCGUACCUCGCCUUUGUCUUCACCGGUCCGCGGCUCAUGGAAGCCCUCUUUCACGGCAAGCCGCCGACGGGCAUCAAGAAGGCGUGGGCGCUGUGGAACCUCGGGCUCUCCGUCUUCUCCCUCUACGGCUGGCUGCGUGUCGGACCGCCGCUGCUGCGCCGUCUGAUGCACGACGGCCUGCACAACACCCUCUGCACCUUCCACGAGGAUGAGUUCUACACCACCAAGGUCGGCUUCGCCAUCGGUAUGUUCGCUAUCUCGAAGGUGCCCGAGUUCAUCGACACGGUCUUUCUGCUCAUGAGUGGCGUGAAGCUGGCCUUCCUGUCGUGGUUCCACCACGUCACGACGUACCUGUUCGCGUGGUACAGUUAUCAGCAAGGGACCAGCAUUUUUAUCUGCGCCGCCGCCAUGAACUACUUUGUUCACUCCAUCAUGUACAUGUACUUCGCCCUAUCGGAGGCUGGCUUCAAGAAGCUGGUGAAGCCGUUCGCCAUGUACAUCACGCUGCUGCAGAUCACGCAGAUGGUCGGUGGUCUCUUCGUGUCGGGCUACGUACUCGUCCAGAAGCUCACCGAGGGCGCAGGGAACCCCUGCAGCGGCACGUCCAUGUCCGCCGCCCGUACGCAGCUGGUUAUCUACAUAUUCAACUUCUACCUCUUCUCAGAGAUGUUCAUCAAGGCUUACGUGCUGCCGCGCAAGGCCGGCGCCGCCCUGCGCCGCCCCUCGCCGUCGAAGAGGUCUUAG